AUGGUGGAACGGAUCUUUGAUGUUGAGUUUGAAGUCUCCUUAAGUAGAAAGCGGGCAGCUGGGCAGCCUUUGCCUUCACACCAGCCACUCACUGAUGGGAUUUUUCUCUCUGUAGUUUUAGGCUAUUCUUCAGUGUCUUUGUUUGAACGUUAUAUAAUUGAUGAUCCCAAAGCUUUCUACUUAUUGGCAGGAAUUGUUUUUGACCACAGCGUCAAUGACAGCAAUGGAUCUUUGCCACUUGCGGUUAAGUAUCAAUUGCGCUUCAGUUACUUUCAGAAGAAUUUUAUACCGGGGAAAAAUAUAUUUUUUCAAGAUGACAUAGAAGGCUGGUGGACAUCCUUUCUUUACCCUCCCAAUCCACGCCAAGAACCCCGGGAAUUUCCAUUUGCUGAUGGGGGAAGUCCUGGAUACAACAAAGAAGGCUUCCUGGCCAUACAGUAUGCUGUGGAUAAAGCCAUCAUGUGGUACCAUGCUCACAAUGCAAUGACCAACAUGUUUGAGAAUCUCAAUGUACUUGUGAAGAGAUUCCCAUAUGGACCCUAUAUCGAGGACAGGUUCUUCCUAGUCCUUCAGAAUGAGUUUUCUGUGUUCUUCAUACUCAGCUUCAUGUGCAUUGAGCUCGUCAUCAUCAGUUCCAUUGUACUGGAGAAAGAGAAAAGACUGAAGGUAACCCCAGAUACUUCAGGUGUAUGCCUCUCCUGGGACAGGGGUAUGGGGAGGCUGCUAAUGAAAAAUGACCAGAAUAGGAAUGCAGCCAAAAGGAGGUUGCUUAGGUGUCCAAGCAACUUCCAAGGUGAGUUGGAACUUGGAAGGUUGUUCACAAUUUUAACUUGCUUGCAAUCUAGGUCACUGUUCUCGCAAGAUGUCUUGCCCUACAAGACUCUCCCAUUCUGGAUUCUGGGCCUGUCACGUCAGAAGUGCCCUGAAGUCAAGCAGGUGCUGCACAUCAUCGGCCUGGAGGACAAGUGGAACUCACGGAGCCGCUUCCUGAGCGGGGGCAUGAGGCGCAAGCUCUCCAUCGGCAUCGCCCUCAUCGCAGGCUCCAAGUUCAGUCUUCUCUGCCAACAAUUUUAUGCCAUGCUCCUGAAAAAGGUCACAUAUUCUUAACACAACUGGAUGUUGAUGUUAUCAAUACAGAUCCUGGUCCCUCUGGUGAUCAUCAUGUUAAGCCUCACGUUCUUCAAUUUCAAAGAAAGAAGCAUAGAAAAUGUCCCAUUGGAGCUGACUCUGAAAACAUAUGGUCAGACCAUUGUUCCUUUCUUUAUUUCUCAGAAUUCCAGGCUGGAUCCUCAACUUUCAGAAUGCUUUGCAAAUAUGCUUAUGGUUGAGGGACAGAUUCCUCUGGAGGUCCUAGGUUCUGUAGAUGAGUUCCUAUUGAAAAAGGCAAAAGAGGAGCCUGAGGACUUUGAUAAGCUCUACUUAGUGGCAGCUUCCUUUGAAGACGUGGGAAAUCACACCAUAGUGACAGCGCUGUUCAACAACCAGGCAUACCAUUCUUCUGCCCUGGCUCUGGCGCUAUUGGACAAUUUUCUCUUGAAGUUGCUUUCUGGUGCCAGGGCUUCCAUUACCGUAGCCAACCACCCUCAACCUCAGUCAGCCAUGGAGGAUUCAGAGAAUUUCCUGUAUCAGGAACCUAAAGGACAUUACCUUGUUAUCAACUUGCUUUUUGGAUUAGCUUUCCUGUCUAGCUCUUUUUCCAUGUUGACAGUCAGAGAGAGGCGCGUUAAGGCCAAGCUUGUCCAGUUUAUCAAUGGAGUUUAUGUGGCCACUUUCUGGCUCUCCACUCUGCUAUGGGACCUCAUCUCCUUCCUCAUCCCCAGUCUGCUGCUGGUGGUAUGGUGGUGGAUUGGUUACUGUCCUCAGUUUGAUGCUCUGCUGAACUUCAUGACAGGCCAUGAGAUGCUGGUCAUGUAUGCCCAGAGCGGGGGCAUCCCAGAGCACCCCAUCAGUGCUAGUGUGGACCAGAUUCUUGAGGAUUUAGUCAUGUACAUGUACGCCGACAAGCUGGUCAAGACCUACAGACCUGGAGAGCAGAGCAAAGCCCCCAGCUCUGGGCAUGAGGUCACUGCGCAGGUGGUUGGGGGCGGCCUGCAGGAAGAGGGGAACAAGUUAUUUCCUGAGUGGAUAGCCCAAGCCACAAUUCAGCUCUGGGUGAAAGUGGUGGACUGCAUUGCUGAAAGCCCCAUGAGGGCCUUUGACACUCCCAGCCCUGUCUCAGGCCCCCGCCCUCUCCCCAGCAUGGAGGAGUGUGAGGCCCUGUGCAGCCGGCUGGCCAUCAUGGUGCAGGGGCAGUUCAAGUGCCUGGGCAGCCCCCAGCACCUCAAGAGCAAGUUCGGCAGUGGCUACUCCCUGCAGGCCAAGGUGCAGAGUGAAGGGCAGCAGGAGGUGCUGGAGGAGUUCAAGGCCUUCGUGGACCUGACCUUUCCAGGCAGCGUUCUUGAAGACAAGCACCAAGGCAUGGUCCAUUACCACCUGCUGGGCUGCAACCUCAGCUGGGCGAAGUUGAGCGCACAUUUUUGACGUGACCCACUUUCUGGGGUGUUUGGCACUCUGGAGCAAGCCAAGAAGUACAUGCUGGACAACUACUCAGCAGUCAGGUCACCAUGGAGGACGUCUUCCUGAGCUUCGCCUGCCCUGUGCCCCUAGUCCAAAGUGAAGACCAACGAGAGCAAGCAGAGCAGAAUCCCCUGCCCAGAUGGUUUGUCCAUCCAGUGCACUCCCUCCCAAGGCAGGCCAUGCCGCCCAACGCACCCUGAGAUGCGAGAUGCAGCAAAGCAGUGGCUCUGCAGAACUUCGGGUAGAGUUUGGAUGGGUGCGUGGAGGUUUCCACACAUGUGUGCAGAUCCCUUGGAAAGCAGGAUAGAGCCAGAAACAGAGAGGAGGGUGCCCGUAGGCCGGUGGGGGCUGGCUCCCAUGGUCACAUGCAAGAGUGAAGCUUCAUGGAGACCAUGAUUCGAAACUCACACCUGGCCUCACAGGUGGUCAUGUCACUGUUCUUCUGAAGGAAGGAGGAAAUAAAUAUUGACAAGUUUGCUAGCCUAAGUCGGGAUGUUACAAUAUUUAAAUAUUUGGAUGUGUGGGCUUUCAUCCUCUUCCCUGGCUCCUGCAAAUUUAGGGCUGCAUGUGAUCCUAUAUCCACCCAUGAAGUGGACAGCGCCCCACCUCCCACAUGGGUAGACUGGCUUAGAGGCAGCCAGUAACUUCCCACAUCAACAGACAGGGGAGCCAGGGUUGCACUGGGGCAGAGGUUCUCGCAGUGGGGUCCCAGCAGCAGCAGCACCAUCAGGAAACUUGUUAGAAAUGUAGGUUCUUGGGCCCCACCCAAAACUUACUGAAUCAGAAAUGCCUGGGGCAGGGCCAGCAAUCCAUGUUGCAAGAAGCCCUACAGCAGGUGCUCUGGCGCAGCUCCAGCAUGAGAACCACUGAGCAGAGGCCCCAUGGGCGCCAGACCAUCACACUGUACAGAUGCAGAUGGAUGUGGCCACAUGCCUUUGUCAUGUACACUCACCUCUCUUCUGAGACGGGCUCCAUCCAGCAGCCCUUUCUCUCUCUCUGGAGCUCACUCUGCCCCUUGCCACAGGCCCCUCAGCUCCUCUCUGGGAAGUGCAGAUGCUGGUCUCUGCCCCUUCUCAGCCAGGACUCAGGAAAGGGUCAUGCACAGGCCUUGCCUAUGGUUCCUGCACCCCUUGCCCAGAACAACGGCGUCGCACACCCAUGGUCGCCAACCCACCCUCCUCAGUCCUCGUUUCAGGUGACUGCUCCCUGUGAUGAAAGCCACUCCCUGGGCUCCCAUAUCCAGCUCUCAUUCCUCCCAUGCCCCUCUCUGCCUCCACUGAAGGCCCAUCUUCUUCUCUGAAUGUGGGAUUUAUCAGGCUCCCAAGCUACUUCACUUUCCCUUCUCUCCCCUGCCCCUCACUACCCAUAACGUUUUCAACCGACACCUCAUUCUACCACGAAUUUCCCUGAGCUCCUAACAGUUUAGACUUUUCCAACAAGGUCUCACCUUCCUGAAGCCCAGUGGGAAACGGGCCCACACCCUGGAGGAGCCACUUAUCACCCCAGGGCAGCCCUGGAGGCUCCCACUGCCAGGGCAGGGUGUGGGGCGAGAGCAGGCAUGGCUGCAGUCAAGACAACUCCUGCUCCCUGAAAAAGAAAUUUGCCUCUCCAUGUUGAAAGGAGAGUGAUCAGGACACAAAGCACAGGAUAGAGCUAAAGGACAACCUAGGGACCAAGGAUGCUGUUCUAGAUUCUAGAGGCAGCUGGUGUGGCUAAUGUGCUCAUGGCUGGCUCUAGUUGAUUAAUCCCUUCAAGAUGCUAUGGAAGCUAACCCUGAAAGUGCACCUCUGCCCUAGGGGGAGACAGGUAACAGUGACAAAGUAGGAAA